UGCAACGCGCGUGCGCAUUAGGAAACCGGAAGCUGCGUGUCCCUAGGUUACCGUCAACAAAAUGGCAUUUCCACCGUCGUUUUGGGGCAACACUGCGUUUCAUGAAGUCACACAACUAUCUGAUAUUCGCAGAUAUUCGCGCUCAUGUAAAUGAGCACUUCUAGCGCUCCGUGGUUGUCUGUUGCUGCUAGCAUGCUAAAUCGUAGCCAGGAAUGACGAAACAAGCAUUCGCCAUGCUUGCUUACUCGCAAAGUCCCAAAACAACAAAAAGAACAACGUUCCAGGAGGAACUUGAAGCUGCUCUCGCUGUCAGAGCUGGAAAAACCACUUCCGAACAUUUGGAUGACGAUGGCUUCGAUUUUUUGGACAACCUCCUUAAAUCAAGGAAAAACAGGUCUGAUGCUUUCAAAGCCAGCAGGACUAAAACCAAAAUCAAUGACUUUGACUUCUCUGACGAUGAUGAUGACAAACAAGGAACAAAAAAGAGGACUUCCUUCUUGAAAUCGCCUAAAAGAAUUUCCGUGGAAGGAGAUGCGAUUGCGCCGCAGCGUGAACACGAGGCUGCGAACAGUUUUCAGUUAUCCAGUGAAGACGAUAAAAACGAUGGCGUCAAAUUGACAAGCCGUCGGCCCGCCGACGACAACUCCGCGACAUCGCCGCUGUACCGGUCAGAUGAGGCUCCUCCGGACUUGCCGUUACCUCCAGCGCCGGUCGAGCCCGAAAGGAGAGUAGACGCGAGUGGACAGACGGUUUGUGAGGAAAGCUUCCAGACUUCAUCGGAUGCUGAUCUUAAAUGCGUGACGACCUCUGGUAUCGAGAAGGAGACGCCCAAACCCAAACCCAGACAAAGGACUGCGGGACUGAAGCUCCGUGUGACAGAGAAAAGCCAAGCUUCUCCAUCAGCUCCCCUCGCCACCGAUACUCGCAACAUCACUGAUGGGUCACCUCUCGAAAGGAUCGCGACAAGGCGCUGCAGUCCCCACUUGACAGAUGGACGCUGUGGUGAUUCUUGCGCUUCAAAUGGCUUGACUUUAGGUGACACCAAAGAACAACAGAGAGCAUACUCCACAUCAUUGGAAGAUUCGAAUGUAAUAUGUGAUUUUGUGCCUUUGCGAGAGUCAGAACAACACUCUGUUGCUCAAGUCUCACAUGUCCAAAACAAAUGUGAUGUCAGGGCAUCCAGUUCUCAGUCUAAGAGACCCAACACUGUGUGCACCAAGAAGGUGGAAUCAAAGUAUCUGGGAACUCUCAAAAUUCUGGAUUGUAAAGUUUCCCAAGAUUGUCAACCGGCAUCUGCCGAUUCCCUCAGGGCCACUGUUUACCAGGAAUGGCUCAAAAAGAAAAUGGAAAAGUCCUCAGAGAACGUGAACAAACAGAAGAUUGCGGAAGACCAAAAGAAAAAGAUAGAAGAAGAGAAAAAGAAAGUUGCUGCUGCUUCAUAUGAAGCUUGGAAAGAAAAGAAAGAUGAGAUGGUCAAAGCAAAAACAAAGGAAGAGAAACAUAGGAUGAGGGAAGAGCAAACGGCGGUGGAAAAGGGCGAGGAAAAAAGGAAAGCAGCUGAACAGAUGUUUUAUCAAUGGAAGCGUGAACAUGAUCACUUACUCAGAGAAAAGUCUCGACAGCAGAGAGAGACGGAGAGGAAACUUGCGCUGAAGAAACGAGAGGAGGAGGAAGAAAGAAGGCGAGACAGCAAAUCAGCGUUUUCGAAUUGGUGUGAAAAGAAAUCAGAUGCCCUGUACAAAAAAGUCUCGACAGAACGGCAGGAGAGCGAGAAUAAAGCAGAGGAGUAUCGAUAUAUUCAAGAGGAGAAAGAUAAACUGGCGUUCGAGAUGUUUGAACAGUGGCUGGAAAAGAAGGAUCUACAACAAAAGCGACAGAGAGAAGAUAGGCGGAUACAAGUGAUACUGCGAGACAGUCCGCCCCCACCGUGGAGCCCUCCGAAUAAAACCGUUCCAUUUCGAAAAUAACAUUUGAAAUGUGGGAUGUCUGCGAAAGCUGACUUUUGUGCAACGGGCUUAGGAUCAAUGCGUUGCGACCGGUUGGUGAGCAGUCAAGCGUGUUGCAUUUGUAUUCAUGUGUCGGGCUGUUUUGAACGUUUACAUUUAUCAGGAAGGAAAUUGUUGCUUGAUUUUAGAGUUAGCAGUUUUGUAAUUGCAUUGUUGUUUAUUGUCCUUACCAAAGUCCAAGAAGUAUAUCCCAAAAUGAAAAUGUCUCAGCUUAGGACAGUCGGGUAUUGAGAUGACAAACAUUGUUUUUGUUUUUCUACUCCCUCAGAAUGAACUUUGCGCCGUGAAUGCUAAAUGCUGAGCUGCCCACUCUCGUCCGUGUGAUGCCGCAUGUUUACGCUGAGAUGCUAUUAAACUGUUUUACACGUCA